AAGCAAGCGCUGCGAAAAGCCAAGGGCAAAGCCAGGUUUUCCUCGGAGCAGCUAUGGGUUUCUUCUACGUCCUCUUCGUGUUAGUGGUGGCUGCAUUCCUUGCAGCCGUGAUCUUGCUGGUUGUGGGGAGCAUUUAUUUUGACGCCUCCAACUCUGAGAUCCCUCCUGGCGUUGAACAUCCAGCAAAGCUCCGAAUCAUUCAUGCUGUUUUGAUUGGCUCUGCUGUUCUGGGAAAGAUUUUGGAGAAUCUACAUAUCUGCACACAAAUCCAGUUUGUACGGUUCAUUCGGGAUGGAAGGAAACUAGGAAAAGAUCCCACGCUCUUCAUCAAGGAUGUGAAGUUCAAGCACGUUCCUGUCCGGAUUUACCAGCCGAAAGUGCCCUCUGCUGGCCGAAGGAAGGGCAUCAUUUACUUUCAUGGCGGAGGCUGGAUGUUCGGAAGUAUCCGAUCUCAUGAAAAUAUCUGCCGCUAUUUUGCCAGAGAAAGCGAAUCGGUGGUUGUGUCUGUGGAGUACCGCCUGGCUCCUGAGCAUUUAUAUCCAGCCCAGCUCAACGAUUGCCUUGCUGCCACCACCCACUUUCUGGAGGCCGCAGAAGACUAUGGCGUGGACAGUGCCCGUGUUAUCGUAGCUGGUGACAGUUCCGGAGGCACCCUUGCUGCCACCAUUUGCCAAACAUUAGUGAGCAAGCCAGGUCUUGCAAAGGUUCAUGCUCAGAUCCUUAUCUACCCUGGCCUCCAGGCCAUAGAUUUCAAUUUGCCUUCCUAUCAGCAGAACCGAGCUGUGCCCAUUUUGUACCGGGAGCGGGCUGCUUUUUACCUGUUGCAUUACGUGAACGGAAAUGCUUCACUCCUUGAAGAGGUCCUGGAAGGUUCUCAUGUUCCUGUGAACCUGAAGUUGAACUACAGGAAAUGGCUAAGUGCAGACAACAUUCCUAAAGAAUUUAAGAUCAGAGGCUACAAGCCCCAUGUGACUGUUAGCGGUGAGGACGAGGUAUGUGAGGUACUUAAGAACAUGAGUUCACUUGAAACUUCUCCUCUUCUGGCUGAAGAUGCUGUAGUUUGCCAGCUCCCUGAGACUUUCCUUCUGACCUGCGAAUAUGACGUCCUGAGGGAUGAUGGACUGCUGUAUAAGAAAAGGCUGGAGGACAAUGGUGUGGCAGUGACCUGGUACCACGUUACAAAUGGGUUCCAUGGGAUCAUAAGCUUCUUUGAUAAGGGCUGGCUCAGUUUUCCUUCUGCGGAAAAAGGGUUGAAUAAGAUGGUCAACUUCAUAAAAAGCUUAUAAAACACACACACACACAGAGAGAGA